AUGUCGCACGCCGCUACCCCCGCCGGUCUUGAGCGCAUCAAGGCCAAGAACCCCGUCGUCGAGAUGGACGGUGACGAGAUGACCCGCAUCAUCUGGAAGAAGAUCCGUGAGGAGCUCAUCCUCCCCUACGUCGACGUCGAGCUCAAGUACUUUGACCUCGGCAUGGAGCACCGUGACCUGACCGACGACAAGGUCACCGUCGAGUCGGCUGAGGCCACCCUCAAGUACCAGGUCGCCGUCAAGUGCGCUACCAUCACCCCCGACGAGGCUCGUGUCGAGGAGUUCAAGCUCAAGGAGAUGUGGAAGUCGCCCAACGGAACCAUCCGUAACAUCCUCGGCGGCACCGUCUUCCGCGAGCCCAUCAUCCUCGCCAAGAUCCCCAAGCCCGUUCCCGGCUGGACCAAGCCCAUUGUCAUUGGCCGUCACGCCUUCGGUGACCAGUACCGCUCGUCCGACCUUGUCGUCCCCGGUGCCGGCAAGCUCACCCUCCAGUUCCAGCCCGAGGACGGCUCGGCCCCCAUCGCGCUCAACGUCUUCGACUUCAAGGGCAAGGGUGUCGCCAUGUCGAUGUACAACACCGACGACUCGAUCUACGGCUUUGCCCACGCCUCGUUCAAGAUGGCCAUCCAGAAGAAGAUGCCCCUCUACAUGUCGACCAAGAACACCAUUCUCAAGAAGUACGACGGCCGCUUCAAGGACAUCUUCGCCGAGGUCUACGAGUCGACCUACAAGGCCGACUUUGAGAAGCUCAACAUCUGGUACGAGCACCGUCUCAUCGACGACAUGGUCGCUCAGGCCAUCAAGUCGGACGGCGGCUUCGUUUGGGCGUGCAAGAACUACGACGGUGAUGUCAUGUCGGACAUUCUUGCCCAGGGCUUUGGCUCGCUCGGCAUGAUGACCUCGGAGCUCAUCACCCCCGACGGCAAGGUCAUGGAGUCGGAGGCCGCCCACGGCACCGUCACCCGCCACUACCGCCAGUGGCAGAAGGGAGAGGAGACCUCGACCAACCCCGUCGCCUCCAUCUUCGCCUGGACCCGUGGUCUCUCGUUCCGUGCCAAGCUCGAUGGCACCCCCGAGCUCGCUGCCUUCGCCGCCGACCUCGAGGCCGCCUGUGUCGAGACCAUCGACCAGGACAACAUUAUGACCAAGGACCUCGCCCUCGCCAUGAAGGGCAAGGCCAUGAAGCGUGAGGACUGGGUCACCACCUCGGUCUACAUGGACAAGGUCAACGAGAAGCUCGUCCAGAAGCUCCUUGCCCGCAAGGCUUAA